CACCACAGAAGGAAUGCGGUAGGCGAGGGAACGGGUGAAAGGUAGAGAGAACAGAAGCCCUUCAAGGCAGAGGAGCCAGGCGAGAACAGGAGCAGAAAGAAGCUGAGGAGUUCAAAGGGAGCAGAGAAGGUUUCAAGCUCCCAGCAGCAGAAUGUCGGUGGUCGGUGCCCAGCCAUUCCUGAAGCCCAUGCAUCCUUCUUCCCCGGCAUCGCCCGGCCUGCAGCGACGCCAUACGUUGCCCGCCAGCGAGUUCCGUCCGCUCAACACACAGGACGCCAUCAGCGUGUUUGAGAUUGAGAGAGAAGCCUUCAUCUCCGUGUCGGGGGAGUGUCCGCUGCACCUGGACGAGGUGCGGCACUUCCUGACUCUGUGCCCAGAGCUGUCCAUGGGCUGGUUUGAGGAGGGCCGACUGGUCGCUUUCAUCAUCGGCUCUCUGUGGGACCAGGACAGGCUGACUGUUGACGCCCUGACCCUCCACCGUCCCCAGGGCACCACGGUCCACAUCCAUGUGCUGGCGGUGCACCGCACGUUCCGGCAGCAGGGCAAGGGCCCCAUCCUGCUGUGGCGCUACCUGCAGUACCUGCGCUGCCUUCCCGCCGUGCGCCGCGCCACGCUCAUGUGUGAGGACUUCCUGGUUCCCUUCUACCGCAAGUCUGGUUUCAAGGUCCGGGGGCGCUGUGCCAUCAGUGUGGCCAGCCUCACCUUCACAGAGAUGCAGCACUGCGUCAGCGGACACGCCUUCAUGAGGCGCAACAGCGAAGCCAUCGGGUUCUCUCAGAAUCCCUUGCUGCUGGCCAGGCCACAGAACUCAGAGACACUGGAUUUCUGAGGAGAGGAGGGGUGAGAAGGGGAUUGGACGA